ACUGAGCGGGCAGCCAUGGAUCUCUUCAGCCAAGUCCGGAGUCUCUGCCAGUCCUAGACUAGCUCUCCCAUGACUCCAUGACUUGAGUGGGCGCACAAAAAGCAAGAGUUGAGGUGUCCCUGCCCCCCAGGGGAGGUGCGGCGGGCCGCCGACAAAAUGCUGCCGUGGAAGAAGAGCAAGUUGGAGCUGAUCGAGGAAGACAAGCCGUCCAAGCAGAAGGGCUAUGCGGUGAGUCUCAACUACGCGGCGCUCGCCUCCUUCGCCAAGUCCUGUCCGGAGAGCGCCCUCUACCGGGUGGGCAGCAUGUUCAAGUCCAAGAGGAGGAAGGUGAAGAUCACCGGCGACGACCCCACCUACACGGUGCUCUACCUGGGCAACGCCACCACCAUCCAGUCCAAAGGGGACGGCUGCACGGACGCGGCGGUGGCCAAGAUCUGGGCCAAGAGCGACGCGGGCAAGAGCGGCACCAAGAUGCGCCUGACCGUCAGCUCGCAGGGCGUCCGCAUGGUGCACGUGGACGACAAGGCGGGGAGGCCGGGCCACCUCUACCUGCUGCACCGCAUCACCUACUGCGUGGCCGACCCCCGGCUGCCCAAGGUCUUCGCCUGGAUCUACCGCCACGAGAUGAAGCACAAGGCGGUGAUGCUGCGCUGCCACGCCGUGCUGGUCUCCCGGCCCGAGAAGGCCAAGGCCGUGGCGCUGCUCCUCUACCAGACCUCCGCCGCCGCCCUGGCCGAGUUCAAGCGCCUCAAGCGGCGCGACGACGCCCGCCACCAGCAGCAGCAGCUCAUCGGCGAGCGCAGCGUCCCCCUGGUGCCGCUCAGGAAGCUGCUCAAUGCCCAGUGCUGCUACAAACCCCCCGUGGAGCGCAGCCGCAGCGCCCCCAAGCUGGGCUCCAUCACCGAGGACCCGCUGGGCGAGGAGCAGGAGGAGGAGGAGGAGGAGGAGGAAGAGGCGACGCACUUUGAGUGCGAGGACGUCCUGGACACGCCGGGCGGCGGCCUGGUCGCCCGCGACGACCAGCAGGAGCUGACUCAGAUCAUCAACCAUUUGGGCGAGAUGAGCAUCGGCAACGACCUGCGGACUCUGAAGGCCGACCUCAAAGUCACCCGCCUGCUCUCGGGGGAAAGCACCGGCAGCGACUCGUCUGCGGACAGCGACCUCAGACUCUCCAAUGGCCUGGAGCGCAUCGGCGUGCAGUCGCCCGCGUGAACAGGUGGCACUACCUCAACUUUCAUGGAGAGGUGGCACUACAUCAACUUUCAUGCAGAGGUGGCACUACAUCAACUUUCAUGGAGAGGUGGCACUACCUCAACUUUCAUGGAGAGGUGGCACUACAUCAACUUUCAUGCAGAGGUGGCACUACAUCAACUUUCAUGGAGAGGUGGCACUACCUCAACUUUCAUGCAGAGGUGGCACUAUGUCAACUUUCAUGCAGAGGUGGCACUACCUCAACUUUCAUGGAGAGGUGGCACUACAUCAACUUUCAUGCAGAGGUGGCACUACCUCAACUUUCAUGCAGAGGUGGCACUACGUCAACUUUCAUGCAGAGGUGGCACUAUGUCAACUUUGAUGGAGAGGUGGCACUACAUCAACUUUCAUCUAGAGGUGGCACUACCUCAACUUUCAUGCAGAGGUGGCACUACAUCAACAUUCAUGCAGAGGUGGCACUACAUCAACAUUCAUGCAGAGGUGGCACUACCUCAACUUUCAUGCAUAGGUGGCACUAUGUCAACUUUCAUGGAGAGGUGGCACUACAUCAACUUUCAUGGAGAGGUGGCACUACAUCAACUUUCAUGCAUAGGUGGCACUAAGUCAACUUUCAUGUACAGGUGGCACAAUGUCAACUUUCAUGGAGAGGUGGCACUACCUCAACUUUCAUCUAGAGGUGGCACUACAUCAACUUUCAUGGAGAGGUGGCACUACAUCAACUUUCAUGGAGAGGUGGCACUACAUCAACUUUCAUGCAUAGGUGGCACUAAGUCAACUUUCAUGUACAGGUGGCACAAUGUCUACUUUCAUGCAAAGGUGGCACUAUGUCUACUUUCAUGAAAAGGUGGAACUACGUCAACUUUCAUGUAAAGGUGGCACUACAUCAACUUUCAUGCAUAGGUGGCACUAAGUCAACUUUCAUGUACAGGUGGCACUAUGUCUACUUUCAUGAAAAGGUGGAACUACGUCAACUUUCAUGUAAAGGUGGCACUACAUCAACUUUCAUGCAUAGGUGGCACUAAGUCAACUUUCAUGUACAGGUGGAACUAUGUCAACUUUUAUGUAUAGGUGGCACUGUCAACUUCCAUGUAAAGGUGGCACUAAGUUUACUUUCAUGUAAAGGUGGCACUAUGUCAUCUUUCAUGUAUAGGUGGCACUAUGUCAACUUUCAUGUAUAGGUGGCACUAUGUCAAUUUUAAUGUAUAGAUGGCACUACGUCAACCUUAAUGAAAAGGUGGCACGAUGUCAACUUUCAUGAAAAAGUGGAACUCCAUCAACUUUCAUGUAAAGGUGGCACUAUGUCAUCUUUCAUUUAAAGGUGGCACUAAGUCAACUUUCAUGUAAAAGUGGAACUAUGUCAACUUUCAUGUAAAGGUGGCACUACAUCAACUUUCAUGCAUAGGUGGCACUAAGUCAACUUUCAUGUACAGGUGGAACUAUGUCAACUUUCAUGUAUAGGUGGCACUACAUCAACUUUCAUGCAUAGGUGGCACUAAGUCAACUUUCAUGUAAAAGUGGAACUAUGUCAACUUUCAUGUAAAGGUGGCACUAUGUCAACUUUCAUGUAAAGGUGGCACUACAUCAACUUUCAUGUAAAGGUGAAACUUCGUCAACUUUCAUGUAUAGGUGGCACUAUGUCAACUUUCAUGUAAAGGUGGCACUAUGUAAACUUUCAUGUAAAGGUGGCACUACAUCAACUUUCAUGUAUAGGUGGCACUAUGUCAACUUUCAUGCAUAGGUGGCACUAAGUCAACUUUCAUGUACAGGUGGCACAAGGUCAACUUUCAUGCAAAGGUGGCACUAUGUCUACUUUCAUGAAAAGGUGGAACUACGUCUACUUUCAUGUAAAGGUGGCACUUUGUCAUCUUUCAUGUAUAGGUGGCACUACAUCAACUUCCAUGUAGAGGUGGCACUAUGUCAACUUUCAUGUAAAGGUGGCACUAUGUCAACUUUCAUGUAAAGUUGGAACAACAUCAACUUUUAUGUAUAGGCGGCACUGUCAACUUCCAUGUAAAGGUGGCACUACGUCUACUUUCAUGUAAAGGUGGAACCACGUCAAUUUUCAUGUAAAGGUGGCACUACGUCAACUUUCAUGUAUAGGUGGCACUACGUCAACUUCCAUGUAGAGGUGGCACUACAUCAACUUUCAUGAAAAAGUGGCACUACAUCAACUUUCAUGCAUAGGUGGCACUAUGUCAACUUUCAUGUAAAGGUGGAACUACAUCAAGUUUCAUGUAAAGGUUGCACUACAUCAACUUUCAUGUAUAGGUGGCACUAUGUCAACUUUCAUGUAUAGGUGGCACUAUGUCAACUUUCAUGUAAAGGUGGCACUAUGUCAACUUUCAUGUAAAGUUGGAACAACAUCAACUUUUAUGUAUAGGUGGCACUGUCAACUUCCAUGUAAAGGUGGCACUAAGUUUACUUUCAUGUAAAGGUGGCACUAUGUCAUCUUUCAUGUAUAGGUGGCACUAUGUCAACUUUCAUGCAUAGGUGGCACUAUGUCAAUUUUAAUGUAUAGAUGGCACUACGUCAACCUUAAUGAAAAGGUGGCACGAUGUCAACUUUCAUGAAAAAGUGGAACUACAUCAACUUUCAUGUAAAGGUGGCGCUAUGCCAUCUUUCAUUUAAAGGUGGCACUACAUCAAUAUACAUGAAAAAGUAGCACUAUGUCAACUUUCAUGCAUAGGUGGCACUAUGUCAACUUUCAUGUAUCGCUGGCACUACAUCACCCAUUGUGAGAAAGUGGCACUACGUCCAGGUGCAAUAGUGCCACUUACACCUGCCAGCUGCCUGUCAGAGGUGUGAGAGGUCCUUGCCAAAUGCCAAAGAAACAAAACACCAAAUCUUCUUCAUUGGAGACGUUGGCACGCGCAAAAUGUGCAAAGUGUGAAACCCACAGACUGGCACCCACAGACUGGCACCCACAGACUGGCACCCACAGAGUGGCACCCACAGACUGGCACCCACAGACUGGCCCCCAUAGAGUGGCACCCACAGAC